CCCGCCUCCGCGCGCCGGAAACCCGCCUCGGAGGGUAAUGCCAGCCAAUCAAGAAGCCGCGUGCCUCGCCACUAACCUCUGCCCUGCAGCCGCGAGGGCGCGCGGGAAAUCCCGAGUGCAUCUGGAAUCCGCAGAGCCAGUUGAGACCAUGGCCACCUCAUCUGUGUCUAAGGGCUGCUUUGUUUUUAAGCCAAACUCCAAAAGGAGAAAGAUCUCUGUGCCAAUAGAGGAUUAUUUUAACAAAGGGAAAAGUGAGUCUGAGGACAGUAAGCUUCGAUUCGAAACUUAUCAGUUGUUAUGGCAGCAGAUGAAAUCUGAAAAUGAGCGACUACAAGAGGAAUUAAAUAAAAACUUGUUUGACAAUCUAAUUGAAUUUCUGCAAAAAUCUCAUUCUGGAUUCCAGAAGAAUUCAAGAGACUUGGGCUGUCAAAUAACACUUAGAGAAAUUCCAACUGCUGCUCUUGUUCUUGGUGUGAAUGUCACAGAUCAUGAUUUAACAUUCAGAAGUCUAACAGAGGCCCUUCAGAAUAAUGUCACACCAUAUGUAGUCUCAUUGCAAGCUAAAGAUUGUCCAGAUAUAAAACAUUUUUUGCAAAAGUUGGUCUCACAGUUGAUGGACUGCUGUGUAGAUAUAAAAUCCAAAGAGGAGGAAGGUGUUCAGGUGACCCAGAGAAAGAGACAUUAUUCAAUGGAUUCACUUUCCAGUUGGUAUAUGACUGUCACACAGAAGAGAGACCCAAAAAUGCCAAGCAAAAAGAGGACCACUUCUAGCCAAUGGCAGUCUCCUCCUGUUGUGGUUAUCUUGAAGGAUAUGGAAAGCUUUACCACAAAAGUACUGCAAGACUUCGUAAUUAUCAGCAGUCAACAUCUGCAUGAAUUUCCACUAAUACUCAUUUUUGGAAUUGCCACAUCUCCUAUUAUCAUCCAUCGAUUGCUUCCUCAUGCAGUAUCAUCUCUGUUGUGCAUAGAACUGUUCCAAUCUUUGCCUUGCAAGGAGCACCUGACUACAGUACUCGAUAAGCUACUUCUUACAACUCAGUUUCCCUUUAAAAUAAAUGAAAAGGUAUUACAGGUUCUGACCAACAUCUUUUUGUAUCAUGAUUUCUCAAUUCAAAACUUUAUAAAAGGACUUCAGCUUUCUCUGUUAGAGCAUUUCUAUUCUCAGCCCUUAAGUGUACUGUGCUGUAAUCUUCCAGAAGCCAAAAGAAGAAUAAAUUUCUUGUCAAAUAAUCAGUGUGAAAAUAUUCGUCGUCUUCCAUCUUUUAGGAGGUACGUGGAAAAGCAAGCUUCAGAAAAGCAAGUCGCUCUCUUGACUAAGGAGAAAUGUUUGAAGGAGGAAACACAAUUAUUACUAGAAAACCUGCAUGUUUAUCAUAUGAAUUACUUCCUGGUUUUGAGAUGUCUUCAUAAGUUUACCUCUUCUCUUCCCAAGUAUCCACUGGGUCGACAGAUCAGAGAGUUGUACUGCACAUGUUUAGAAAAGAACAUAUGGGAUUCAGAGGAGUAUGCAUCAGUCUUGCAACUGCUGAGGAUGUUGGCAAAGGAUGAAUUGAUGAUCAUACUUGAGAAAUGUUUCAAGGUUUUUAAGUCUUGUGAAAAGCACCUUGGCAGCACAGCUAAGAGAAUAGAGGAGUUCCUGGCCCAGUUUCAGAACCUUGAUGGUAAGAGAAUAAUAUUCUCCCAAUCUAUUGGCCAUGACAGUCAUUUAACUAAAAUGUCCUUACUGGAAAUGAAGGAGUUAAGAAGAAGUAAGAAGCCAACCAAAUUUGAAGUACUCAGAGAAAAUGUUGUGGACUUCAUUGACUGUCUAGUGAGAGAAUACCUUCUGCCUCCUGAGACACAGCCUCUCCAUGAGGUGGUGUACUUCAGCGCUGCCCAUGCCCUUCGUGAGCAUUUAAAUGCUGCUCCGCGAGUUGCCCUCCAUACUGCACUCAACAAUCCUUACUAUUAUCUAAAGAAUGAAGCACUGAAAAGUGAAGAAGGCUGCAUUCCAAAUAUCGCCCCAGACAUCUGCAUAGCAUAUAAACUGCACCUAGAGUGUAGCAGGCUAAUCAACCUUGUGGACUGGUCGGAGGCUUUUGCAACAGUCGUGACAGCUGCUGAAAAAAUGGAUGCAAAUUCUGCAACCUCAGAAGAAAUGAAUGAAAUUAUCCAUGCUCGGUUUAUUAGAGCUGUUUCUGAGCUAGAACUUUUAGGAUUUAUAAAACCUACCAAACAGAAGACUGACCAUGUGGCAAGGCUAACAUGGGGAGGCUGCUAGAAAGCAAAUGAGCAAAGCCAGAACUAUCACAUUUAGCUUAAGAGAAAAAGGUGAACUAUCAUAUUUACAUAUACUAGAGGAGCCUGUUUUGGUGAGAAGAUAAAUGUCUAAUCCUCAUGUGAUGUUUAACCAGAAAAGUACAUUGCUAACCCCAAAUGGGCAUAUAUCAAAACACCUGUGGAGUACUUUAGAAUCCAACAAACAAUACAUAACUAAUACUGCUCACACAUUUUACUGUACUUUCCACAAAGUCAUUACUAAAUUGUGAGUAAAUCAUUCUUGAACUUAUAGUAUAUAAAUGUAAUAAAUUCCUUUAUCCAGGAGUAUAAUUU